UUUGUAGUUGAAAUAGUAUGUGGUAAGAUAACUACAGAAAUAUACCUUUAACAAUGUAUGAGUCCGGUGGUCCAAUUAAAUUUAUCUAACACAUUUCAAGUAAACUUUGUCAUUCGCGGGGGCUAAGAGUAGGCUAAAUUUCAGUGAUAUUGAUAUAUGAGUUCAUUUCAAAAAGAUUUCUCUUCUGAUAUCCAAACAGAAAUUUUGUAAAGUGCAAUGGGAUUGCUAGCUGUAGCGCGAGCGAUUUUUGUAAGAAUUUUAUUCCUUUUGUACUGCUUCAUUGCAACUUGGCGAGUUGUAGUUGCUUACCAAAACCCGCAGUACUGGCUUUUGCUGGGACUUCUGUCGGGGUUAAUGAUCGAAACGCACGUGACCAUACGGAUAAACAAGGGACAGGAAUGGAAAUGGUUCUCUCCCGCUAUGUUCUUCUUUCUCGUUGCCGCGUUGCCCUGUCUGUGGUUAUUGGAACUUCGACUUAUGGAACAACGCCACGACAAAUUUAACGGUGUCUAUCAAUCGUCACAUUAUUUGCUUUCGAAGCAGAACACACUGUUCGGGAUUAAAUUGCCAACAUUACUCGACGAAUUUGGGUGGGCUUUGGCCUUGGAGCAGUCACUGUUAUUCAUUCUCAUCUGCUGUCGAGGUAUACUGCCACGAGGAAAAAUUUCUAGAGAUGAGUUAUCUCAAAUUUUACUGGUGCACAUGGGCAUAGCCGCUGAUAUUUUGGACCUAUUUUCGAUUUUUAAUGAAGAAGAGUUACUUCAACGACCGACUAUUAUAUACCCAACGUUAUCUUUAUGGACGUUGAGCUUACUACAAUACAGCCUCGUUAUUACCUCAAGUCGAUCCCGAAGAAAUAGAAUGGCUGGGAUCAGUAUUAGAAGGGGAGAAAGCAGCAGAUCUUGGACCUGUGCAGAACCCCGUGGUGGAAGACGGCGCGUUCGGAAAUUGGGGUUUUGGUCUAGCGAUUUUUGGUCAAACAAAGACGUUGUCGGGGUGCUGUCAUCAACUGCAAUGCAGGAUCUGCCUUUUUUUAUAUUUCGCCUCUUUCUGUUGUCGGUUAUGGGAAUCUUGAGCCACACAAUGGCAUUCUUUACUUGCAAGAAUGCCUUGGUUGUUGUUCUUCAAAUCCACCGCCUUCGUAUUAUAUAUUCGGAGAUUAAAUACGAUGGUAUAGAAAUAGCAAGAGCACACUUGGAAAGAGAUGGAAUCAGUGUUGUUGAAUUAAAUCGUGCUGAUAUUGUGGAACGGCUAAACAGUAGGAAACCAACCCAUGAGAUGGUGGUUACUUCAGAUUCCCUUGAAUUGCCAGGUUUACCUUCAAACGAGCAUAAACUGCAUUGUGAUAAUGAUACAUACUCCACUGACGGAAAACCAUCGUGAAAUAUUUCCUGGCGCGGGCAGUGAACUAUUAUUUGUAGGCCUACAAACUUCUUAUUGUGCAUAAAUGUAAGAUUAGACGAUAUCAAACUGUGGACGUUUCCGUACCACUGUUA